AUGGGCGUCAUGUCAUCGUCGUCAUGUAUUCGCGCUGUACACGGGUGCUUUCUCCAAAAAAUCAUCUACUUUUUCCCGAAAGUUUUAGUUUAAUAGUGAUCCUCCUGCAGUAACUAUUGCGUGUCACAUCACUGGACGUCGGACGCGUUUGUAGCAGAGUGCUUCGGGGGCAGUGCAGAAAAAAAGGAACUGUUAAUAUUCAUACUGGCUACUGACGGCUGUAGCAAGAAGGAUAGUGGGCUGGCAACAAGCAAACCAACGGCCCCACUGGCAGCGCCCCCGGGGAAGAGUGAGAUAUUGGUUCGUUUCGAGUUUUUCGGAUCCAGCAGUAGUUACGCGGAAUACGCGGUCGUCUCGUGCGUUCAUUGCGGAGGAUCUUCUCGUGAACGUUUGUGUCUGCCUUGUGAAAAAAAGAGAUUCUUAAAUUAUUCGGUUGUUGGACGUGAAGAUUUUUUUUUGCCGUAAGAUUUGUCGUUGAAGGUGCGAGAUUAACCAGGCGAGCUUGCGAGGUGCUUCAAAGUUCUUACAAAUCACCGUAUAGAGGAUCCUAAGAAGUAAAGCUAGUAGGACGAAAAUAUAUGUAUAGGAAAACAUACACUCACUGCCUGGCGCCUAGCGAAGGAUAAUACUCUACGCUGUGGUACUUAUAUAGCAAACAACACAGUCAGUGUGACGAAAGCAGUCGAAAAAAAAAACGUACACAAAGGAUCUGAAGCGCCCAGAUUUCCAACCAGGACAGGGAGGAACGAGGAACGAACUAUUUUCGCCAUCCUUCCCGAAAACGAAAACAAGCUGUUUGCCACCAGCAGUAGCAGCAACAGCAAACGCGCUAAGGGAGCUUUUAUGUAAUUGUUGAAAACACCAAUCUUCUCGUGCUGCUGCAGUGCGAGCUUUCCUGGACCACAUUUUCGAGGAUAAAUAUCGAAAUCUACAUAGUGUUAGCGUCGCGCGAAAGUGUUAAAAAAACGGGAAUAUUUGCGGAUUUCUGUUGCUGCCAUAAAACGAAGAUGCAAAAUUGAAGUGAUUCCGAGCGGAAAGUGAACGACGACGGUGGAAGAAACAGAAGUGGUCCAAGCUUCAAGGAUGCUGACGGCAGCAAUAGAAUCAAUCCAACAGCGAUGAUGACGAUGAUCCAGAUGACGAUGAUGACGACAACGCCAGGGCUUGGAACGAGUGCGACGAAUGUGUGCAAAUCUCUGUGCGAUUCGCAAAUAUAGAAGGCAAAAGAUAAUUGUUAAAAUAAAUAGAGAGAUUUCAGUGAGUGUGUCCUGAAGAGGCUUCCCGUCCCGAGGUUCGUUUCGAUUUCUGUUUGGUCGCAAGUUUUACCUGACCGAUCGAAGAAACGGGUGUAGUGCGAAGAAUUGCGAUUCUAUAAAGAAGAAGGCUUUUUGAUUUAUUUUGCGCUUAAGGAAAGUAGAAGAAAAAGUUUUAUCCCUUGCGAAGAAACGACAAAGUUGAGGAUACAGAUAGUAGCAGGAAGAAGAUCGGGAAGAGUAUGUGAUGAGCUGUGAAAAAGGGUGGCAUGAAUAGCUGGCAAGUGAUAUUAUACAAUACUUAUCCGUUACUUCGUGAUAGGCCUAGUGGUGCAAAGCGUGGUUGCACCUUCAGUGAUAGUGGUGCUAGUGAUUAUAUAAAUAGCAGUUGCCUGGAGCAGAAGCUCCGUAGACGGCACCAUCGCAGACGUCGACGACUACGGCUGGCCAACGACGGAAGAACCACGCUCUCGCUGAACCAGUUCCCCGUGGAGUCCCCCAACAGUCAGCGCUCAUUCUGGCAGCGUUACAGCAAACUCAGAGCCAGCAAAAAUCACAUCCGGAGCAGGAUAAGUCGUGUAACGGUAGUGCCUACAAGCCAGCAAACACCAGUAACGGUGCUGCCCUCGUCGAAGUUAGUGAAGGAGGCAACCACAGCAGCGAUCACAAAAACACCUUACUACUACACUGCUGCUGUGUGAUCGUACAAAUUACCCCAGUAGCCCCCGGGCGCAGCCACGUGACGACGACGGCUUCGUCCGCCAAAAAGCCCAGCUCAGGCGGUGACGAUGGCGGAAGUGGAGGGUUAGCCACUGGUACUAGCGGGCGCACUCCUGUCUGUCGCUGUAAUACGCAAUACAAACUAUCGGAUCUGAAAGCUCUGCAGCAACUCCAACAGCAGCAGCAACAGCAGGGUGCCAACGCUAACACCAAUGUCUCUUCCUCUAACACUGCCAUCAGUGGCACCGUCCCCGGUAGCAGUGGUACUUCCGGAGGCCAUCAUCACCACCAUCCCCCAAUCGCCGCAACCACCAUGCAGCACCAUCCUCAUGUCAGCGGUGCCGCGCAGAAACAGAGCCAAGAGUUAACGAACGAGGAACUGAUCAAGUACCUCCAGCAAAUAAACGCCGACAUCAAGUGGAUCGAGCAGCUAAAACAAUACAAAUACGAAAUCGAGAAAUUCUCCCACACUGACAAGACUGAUGCCCGUAACAUCAAACAGCAACAUCAACAACAACAACAACUCGUCAAUGGCCACAUCGUUGGUCCACCUUCAAAACCCAAGCCGGACACCGGUGUUGCUCCGGUCCCUUCUUCAACCCAGCAAACCGGUGCCAUCUCCAAAAGCGAAUGUUUCGACCGUAGUCUCAAGCAGCGGCACUCUUCUCGUUCGGUAGACGAACGCACUGCUCGCCGCGAUGACGAAGAUUACCCCAAAGAAGGCGGUCAUCAGCGACACUCUUCCGGUCCCAGUGAUCUCCAACUGCUCAAAACUGACAUUUCCGAAUGGCUGCUCAAUCUGCCGCUCAAACGAAGCGUCGAAUUCCUACAAAAGGCAAAAUCCGCUCAGCUCAAGUUCGAAAAAGAAAAACAGGAGCAACAAUCCCUACAAUACUCCAAGAAACCACUACAGAGGCAAUCCUCCGGAGGCACUUCCGAACGCACCAUUCAUCGCCAGCACUCCGGAGGCGCAGCCACUGAAAUCUCCCUCAGUCGGAACGACAUUCUUGAUUGGCUUAAAAAGCAGCAAAUCUUCAGCAAAGUUAACGAGGAGGCUGGGGCUCCAAAAAAAUUCAAAGAAAAAGAGGAAAUCCCUCUGCAACACUUUGAACCCCCGAAACCCGCACAGCAAAAAUCCAGUGGUGCUAAACUGCAGAAGCGACACUCGCUCGGGCCUAACGAAGAGUUCUUCCAUCACAAAAGUACCACCGAAUGGAUCCAGUAUCCACUGAAGCAGCUCAAGAAACAUACCUUCGAUGCCGCGGCGGCACAAAGUAGCUGUACCGACAUUCGCCGCAAAGACCGGGAGCGCAGUGAACACUCGCAUCAUCAUCAUCGGGAACGCAAACUGCGACAUUCUGCCAGUGAGGUUGUGACUUCUUCCCACAUGGAUCAUCCACCCACCCGUGUUGCUCCCCAAAAACCCGAACGAACCUUCCGCUAUCAAUUAAAGGACCGUGAACCCCGUUCCCAAUUCAUCCCUGCUCAACCCCCACAACAAUACCCUCAACCUUCAACCUCCACCACAAUCGCAACCACCGCCGCACCCAAACACACUCGCCGCGAACGUACCCGUCGUAACAAAACCCAACGCUCGGCCACCGUCAGCGACAUCAACCACAUCAACAAACAACCCCCCCAACAGCAUCCGCCUCAACCCGCACCACGAUCCACUGAGCGCAGUCAGUCCCUAUCGAAAUGCACCGAUCCCUUUUGUUCGGCUCAGUCCCUCUGCAAUGACCCCAACUGCUACAUGUACGACUACUACGACACCCCCCGUUGCACCUCCCUCCCUCGAGUCAAAACCACUACUACUCCUCCAGCCACCUCCAAGUGCGGCCCACUGUGCUACGAGUGCAAUAACAAAUGCAACUCCCUACCCCGCUGCACCGAUGCCCGCUGUACGGCCUUCGCUGCACCGACACAUUCCGCCUCAGCGCAAAAGAUCAAAAGCAAUUCACUGCCACGAAACGCCGAAAUGGCACAAAAGCGGCUAUCCCGCGAGGAUUCACGCAGUUCUCUGCCUCGAUCGCGAGCCAAAAAACGAUCCGCCUCUAGCGGGAACGGCAAGCUGACCAAGUCCGUCUCAGCGGCAUCGCUCAACUCGCGACGAAGACGCAACAAAACGGUUCACUUCGGCGAGAAUCUGCUGCGAGAAGUCUGCCAGAACCGGAAACUUAUUCAACCGCUGCAACAACCAACACCCUCCGGAGCUGCACCGCUGCAGCCGAACAUCCAAAUGCUGUACAACUUUGUCGAGGGGGUUCUCAGUGCCUGGGUGGACGACGAGGACGAACACAACAAGUCCGGCCCAGAUUCGGAACCGGAACGUGGCGCGGUGAUGAAGCCGAUGCAUCGCUGUAACCGGAUACGGUUCCAAACGAUCAAACGGGUAGUGAACGAAGCGGCCGAACUGAAGGGUUCGUCCAAGUUGGGCAACUCACGGUACCGACAUCGGCACUGGCGCGGAACGGCCAAGGAUUGCAACGAGCGGUUCCUGCGAAAGAUUUCCGACGAUGAUCGUAUGAGCCUGACGACGGCCGUGUCAGAUGAGGACGACGGGGAAAGCGUGAUGGCAUCACCGUACAAAGCGAAAACCACUGGCACCGCCGCAGCGUCGUUCAACUGUACCGGAGCGGUUCGGAAAGCGGGAUUCCUUUCGGUCAAGAAAUGGCUCCUGCGCAAGAAGCACCAGAUCGAGCUGGCCCGCAAGCGCGGCUGGAAGGGCUACUGGGUCUGUCUGAAAGGUACCACCCUGUUGUUCUAUCCAUGCGAUUCGCGCGAGGGCCGCUCGGUCGAGGCUGCCCCGAAGCACCUGAUCAUAGUUGACGGUGCCAUCAUGCAGCCGAUCCCGGAGCACCCGAAGCGGGACUACAUCUUCUGUCUGAGCACGGCGUUCGGCGAUGCGUACCUCUUCCAGGCGCCCUGCCAGGUCGAACUGGAGAACUGGGUCAACAGUAUACAUAGUGCCUGUGCUGCAGCGUUUGCAAGACAUCGUGGUAAGACUGGUACCCUGCACUUAUUACAGGAGGAGAUUUUCCGUUUAGAAAAAGCAAUAGAAUCGGAUCACAAACUGAAACAUAUGGCUGAUUUGCAGCAAAGCGUGGUCACCGAUAAUGACACGCGUCACCAGAUUCAGCAGCAGAUUCUUCAGUGGGAGGAAAAUCUCGAGCGGCUACAUUGCGAACAGUUCCGCCUGCGGUGCUACAUGUCAUCGCUGCAGAACGGAGAGCUUCCGAAUCCUAAGUCUCUCCUAACGCACGUGUCGCGUCCCACGAAGAACACACUGAACAAACUGGGCGUCUUUACGGUCUCCUCGUUCCAUGCGUUCAUCUGUGCUCGGUCACCGUCGCUGUUGAACAAUCUGCUCGCAGGACGUGGAGCCACCAAGCGGCGUCCACCGAUCUUGUCGCGUUCGAACAGUGGCUCCAGUCGUCGGUCGAUGCAGAUGAACACCCGUGACGAGCAGGAAAAGUCCUACAAGGUGGCCCUGCCAGAGAACUCGGCGGCUACGGUGUACCUACGUGAGGGUAUGUCGGUGGAGGAAUUCCUGGCCAGUGCCUGCCAGCGCAAGAAUCUCAACCCGAUGGAGCACUUUGUGCGAGUCAAGAAGCGUCGCGAAAUGGAAGAUCACAACUACUUUGUUCCUCAUAGAAAUGAUCUGAUCGAAACAUAUCUACAUACUCACGAAAUGGUUGAGGUUUGCGCAAAAAUUUUGUAUCAAGUAGAACUACAACGAACCACCCUGGAGCAAAUGUGGGGAUUCUCGGUCGAAGCCGAACUGAUUGAGAAUGCCGAUCGGCAGGAUGAACUCUGCUGCUACGUCAGCCGCGUCGAAGACAAGAGCUUGGCUAUACUGAAUGGAGUCAUCAAGGGUGAUGAAAUAAUUGUGAUAAACGGCGCAAUCGUCUCGGAUCUGGACAUGAUGUACUUGGAAAGCGUGCUCCAAGAAGAACAAGCCUUAUGCAUGAUGAUGAGAUCAUCACGUACAGAACCACCGGACCUAGUCGGAAUCAUGCGGUCAACAGACGAUAUAAUCGAGUCACUGGUGUGCCCUCCGCCGCCAUCUGAUCCACCGGUAAUCAGCGAGGAAAUGAUCUCCGGACUUAUCGUUCCUGCUCCCGGUUGGCGACGCUCGUGUAUUUCAGGCAAAGAGGUCUACUCGCCAGAAAUCGAGAGCUCCCCGGUACCAUCCGCCAAUGAUCCGCACAUGGACCGCUCGAAGCAAUCCUCCCGUACGAACAGUUUCGAGAUCGAAAAUCUGCUCAAAUCAGCCGAACAGGUCACCGGUUUCUGCCGGUCCCCGCAGGAAACUCGCAAAUCUAGCCCAACCGGCUCGGUUGCCUCGUCGGUAUCGAACGCCAUGCUUACCCCAUCACGUCAGCUGACCGACGCGGAGAAGCUGCGCAAGGUCAUACUCGAGCUGGUCGACACGGAGAAAACCUACGUUAAGCACCUGAACAACUUGCUCGAGUACUACUUGGAACCCCUGAAGCGUGAAACAUUCCUAUCAAACGCCGAGAUCACUGCACUGUUUGGAAACAUUCAGGAGAUUGUUACAUUCCAGCGGCAGUUCUUAAAUAACCUGGAGGAAGCCCUUGACCUAGAACCGGAAUUCCACCAACUGGAGCAUCCUAGUCAAUUUAAGAAUGUCCUAUUUGCCAUCGGGUCAGCUUUCCUAUACUACGUGAACCACUUCAAGCUGUAUUCCUCCUUCUGCGCUAGUCACAGCAAAGCGCAGAAGGUUCUACAUCCAAAUGAAGGCAAUCAAGCCCUCCAGGAGUUCCUGGUCGCUCGCAAUCCAAAGCAACAGCACAGCAGUACCUUGGAGUCGUUCCUCAUUAAACCGAUUCAGCGUAUCCUCAAGUAUCCGUUACUGCUGCAGCAGCUCCGCAACCUAACCGACCCGAACGCAGCCGAACAUCUGCACCUGGUCGAGGCGCUCAAAGGCAUGGAAAAGGUCGCCGAGCACAUCAACGAAAUGCAACGAAUCCACGAAGAGUACGGUGCCAUCUUCGAUCACCUGUUCCGUCAGCACCAGAAGUCCUGCAAACAGCCGAUCGACCUCAGUCCGGGUAAGAUGGCUCACGCUGCCGAUCUCUGGGUGGAUGGAUCUGUUAACUUUUGUUCCCAUGCAGGUGAUCUGCUGUACUAUGGAGGCGUCGAGUGGUUGAACAUCUCCGACUUCCUGGGAAAAAUCAAGAAGGGCCUCGAGCUGCACGCCAUGUGCUUCGUGUUCAAGUCGGCCGUAGUGUUCCUGUGCAAGGAACGGUUGCGCCAGAAGAAGAAGCUCAUGGGUGUCUCCAGCAAGAACGCCACCAACGAAGUGGAAAUAAUCCGCUAUCAGGUGCUGAUUCCGGUGACCGAAGUGCAGGUGCGCGCUUCCUCCGCCAAGGACAUGGACUCACACUUCCUCUGGGAGUUGAUCCAUCUCAGAUCGCAACUACAACGAAGAUCGGAAAAAGUCUACGUGCUUUCGAAUAGCACCGGCGAUUUCCGCAACGCAUUCCUGAAAACGAUUCGGCAGAUCAUCCGCGAAAGUGUCCGCAACAUGUCGAUCCCGUCGCUGAAGGGCCUGGGCGGUAGCAUGAAUUCGAUGACCGGCAUCGGUAUCUCAUCCGGUAACUCACAGACCUUGGAGCGUCCAAAGCAACAGCAGCCACAGAUAAUGCAGGGUUCGCAAACUCUCGGCAAACCGAAGAAGUCCAAGAUCAACCAACGUCACUCGUCCGGAAACAUCGACUACGAUAACACCACAUCCGGCAGCCAGGAGGCCGAUGAUCCACCAGUGCCACAGUACAGCGGACAGUUCCGCAUGCGAAGCAAAACCGUUGGAGACGUUGGAGAACAAGUGGCCGCUUGCAGACGUAACAUGAGCGAGCGUGAACCCGAGAAGGCAGAUCCUGGAACCAAGUCCGAAGGCGAAGACGACUCACAGCAGGGCUCAGUGAAACCCAAAUCAUCUCUUGGUAAGACGCCGAACCAUCUGACCUUGAGCACCACAUCGACCCUUUCCGUCAGUAGUACCGGCAGCCAGGCCCGUCUGAUCCAGUCGUCCCACCCGCCAGCCACGUACCAUCCGGUGCUGAUGAAGGACCUAGGAUCCCCGGUGUGGAAGCCUAGAGACAUGAUUAGUUUAGGUGAUGCCCAGUCGACUUCGACCGCACGUAAAGAUGAUUCAAACAAGUAAACAGAUUUAAGCACUAGCAAGCAAGCAAGCAAGCAAACGACAUAUAUGUAUGUAAACAAACAAAAAAUACACACACAUACACACACACAAAGUAGGCAGAGAAAGGGCAACGCGGCUGAUUCGGCGCCAGAAAUACCCCAAAGUGUUGGAAAAGAAAACAAACAAUCCGUGGUCGCUACCGAGGGGCCUUUUGUCUGGCUAUGUGGGAGUGUUUUGAAACUUGCUGCCGAAUAAUCUUACCAAGUUUGAGGGAAAAGGAAAUCUGUUUCGAAAUUUUAUUCACUCUUGACACAGUUGUUUCUGAGCAUUUCGAAAAAACCGAACCCGGUUCGCCGGCCAAGUGGAAGAAAGACAAUUGUUUAUUGUUAUAUGAAAUUUUUCGCAUCAUAUGACUGAGCGAGACGGAGCGUAACAAAACAAACAUGUGGAAAAUUUCAAAUUCUAGUAAAGCAAGUAAAUAAUAAAACAAAUUCUAUGGAUGAUAUUAGUAAAACAAAAGUGAAUUUUUAUGAGAGCAGAGCAAAACUUAGUGAUAGUUUCUUAUUGCAAGAGAUAGUUAAGGAUGAGCAAGUUUAUGAUUAUUAUUACUAUUAUAAUUAUAAUUACAAGAAAGAAAAAGACCCGAUGACAGAUAAUGAUAACCACAGAGACACACUCACACAAUGACAGAAAUCGUAGCAUAAUGAUUCGUACACUUGAAUGUCAGUUAAAAUAUGUAUUCUCGAGAGACAGAUCUGAUAAUGAGAGCGAAAGAUGACACUGUUUAUUUUACUUUGUAUUUCUGAUACUUUUUAAACAUUCAGAAAAGUAAAACAAGAAGUAAUUGCAGCUAUAUUAGCAGUAACCGAACUUUUACCGCUAAUGUUAAGAACGAUGACAGAUGUCAGUAUUUGAUUGUGAAUUCCUACACCUUUGAUUUUGAGAGUCGUAAAAAUCGUUAGAAAAAUAAAUGAAUGCAGUUAUAAGUAAUAACUUAAAACCUACAAGAAAGGGAAUUGAAUUUUAUAUAUUGUAUAAUCGAUUGGACACGUUUGAGCCCAUUUAACGAGUUUGGCUAUCUCCUAAAGUGGUCAAGAAAUAUUGAGUUUAGUGAAAGUCAAACCAACCCAUUUUUGUGUUGCCACUCUUGAUCAAAAAUGAGGAAAGCAGAAAAUUCGAUAAUCACUAUCAAUUAAACUAGUUAAUUAAAGGUAUUCCUAAAUUGGUUCACGAAUUUUUCUAUAAACCUAGUGAUUUUAGAUACAAUUGAAAGUAAACAAUAAGAGCAAACGAAAAAAAAACACGUAUACCUUUACCAACAGAGAACUAGAGUUCCCCUGGCAAAAAUUUCAAAAUUUUAUUUGAAAUUUUUAAUCACUAACCAAACUUCUACACUUAAAAAAGUCAAACUACUUUCCAAUCACACCAGGCCAAGGGUGACAGCACAUGGCUCAAAACGAAAAAAAAAAGUUUAAGUAAAAAUAAACACAAAACAAAACACUUAAAAGUAAAAUUUAGGAAAAGUCUUGCAAUCCGCAGAAGAAGAAAAAAUCAUAAACUAUAGUUAAAAUACGUAUAUUUCCUUUUACAUAAAAAAAAGUAAACUAAAACAAGUAACAAAAACAGACAACUGCACGCGUUCUUUCCCUCACAGAAGUAUUUAUAAAAAUAUACAUACAAAACAAAUUGAAACAUUAUUAAAAUUUAAUAAGAAAAACUCAAACGAAAAAUCGACAAAAACAAUUGAGAAAAUUCCACGACAACCAUCUUUUAAAGACAAAGAAGAAGAAGAAGAAGAAAAAUAAGAAGAGGAAGCGGCAACACUCAAGCAGCAGUAACGUUUAAAACGGAGGAAAACGAUGUGUAUUAGAAUUAUGCAAUUGAAAAUUUUGACGAUAGUUUUAGUUAUAGCAAUCCCUAAUUUUACCUCUGAUUUUUGAUAAUUACUAAUAUGAGAAAAUGAUAAAUAAUCUGAAAGCGGGCACUUAAAGCAAAGCCUUGUCUAUUUUCGAUUGAUUUUGUACUAAGUCAAUACUUUCUCCAAAGAGAACCAAACCCAACUACAUUAUCAACACAGAAACACACACACACACAUACACCCCCCGCAAACGAACCUGACUGCUGACUUUCCCCACCUUCGCCCGUCGAAGGUGAAGCAAAUCAAGCAAGCAGCCCAAGAUUGCGCUAGGAAUAACACAAUGAUCGAAAAACUUUCUUAUAAGAAAAACGAAGGAAAAAGACAAAUUACCACGAAAAAAAAAUUGUUACCCAAUCAAUAAUCUAUGGUUAUCAUACACAGAAGAAGAAAAAUUAUAAACAAAAAUAAACUAUAAUUAAUUCAGUGGUUCUUUAUAUGAAGAAAACACAAAAUCACAUUCAAAAAGUGAAACACAAGAAACGAACAAACAAAGCAAGGAUCUUCAUAAAGUCACCACAAUCCUUCUUUUUCGCGAUAAAAUGAAGAAGAAAAAUCACACAUACACAUAAACACCUAAACACAAAUUACACACGAGUAAAAAUUUAACUAAAUCAACAAAGAAAAACUAAAAAGAAAACUAGACACGUAUAGCCACUCACUACUUAAGAGAGA